GAUGUUUUGAAGUCAACCAUCACUGCUGUUCGCUUGCCUUAAAACUCCUGGCUGCAAACUGCAGCAAUUCAUCAGCUGAUUGAUGAGCAGCCACUCGACUCUCUGCUCAGCAGCAUGGGAGGCUGGGUUGGUAGCCUUCUCGGGUCUAUAGAGCACUGCACCUUGCUGGCGGACGGGAGCCCUGACAGAGCCAGUCUGCAGCUGGCUGGAUAGAGAGGAAAGGAUGCCACAAACACCUCCCUUUGCAGCUAUGUUUGACAGCAGCGGCUACAACAGGAACCUGUAUCAGUCAAAAGAGGACAACUGUGGAGGGCUCUAUUACCAUGACAACAACCUCCUGUCAGGGUCUCUGGAAGCUCUGAUCCAGCACUUGGUACCCAAUGUAGAUUACUAUCCUGAUAGGACAUACAUCUUCACCUUCCUUCUCAGUUCACACCUGUUCAUGCAUCCAUAUGAGCUCAUGGCCAAAGUUUGCCAUCUGUGCAUCGAGCAGCAGAGACUGAGUGAGCCUGGCCUGGACAAGAACCGGAUACAAAAAAUUGCACCCAAAAUCCUACAGUUGUUGACUGAAUGGACAGAGACAUUUCCUUAUGAUUUCCGAGAUGAAAGAAUGAUGAGGAACUUAAAAGAGUUGGCCCAAAGAAUAGCCAGUGGUGAUGAGAUGUAUCGGAAGAACGUACAGCAGCUCCUCCAGAACUUGAUCCGGAAGCUUGCCACUGUUAGCCAGUAUGAGGAAGUACUUGCAAAAAUUAAUGCCACGUCCACAGAUCGCCUCACGGUUCUGAAGACCAAGCCCCAAUCCAUGCAGAGGGACAUAAUCACAGUCUGCAAUGAUCCCUACACGUUAGCUCAGCAGCUGACACACAUAGAGCUUGAGAGACUCAAUUAUAUUGGACCAGAAGAAUUUGUCCAGGCGUUUGUGCAAAAGGAUCCUUUGGAUAAUGACAAGAGCUGCUAUGGAAAUCGAAAGAAGACCCGGAAUCUGGAGGCCUACGUGGAAUGGUUUAACAGGCUCAGUUACUUGGUUGCAACAGAAAUCUGUAUGCCUGUGAAGAAGAAGCAGAGAGCAAGAGUGAUAGAAUAUUUCAUUGAUGUGGCACGGGAGUGUUUUAACAUUGGCAACUUUAACUCCUUAAUGGCUAUUAUCUCUGGCAUGAACAUGAGUCCUGUCUCUCGGUUAAAGAAAACUUGGGCAAAAAUAAAGACAGCCAAAUUUGAUAUUCUUGAGCAUCAGAUGGACCCUUCUGGCAAUUUUUAUAAUUAUCGAACUGCUCUGCGUGGAGCCGCUCAAAGGUCCUUGACAGCUCAUAGCAACAGAGAGAAGAUCGUAAUACCUUUCUUCAGCCUCUUGAUCAAAGAUAUUUACUUCCUUAAUGAGGGUUGUGCCAAUCGUCUUCCAAAUGGUCACGUCAAUUUUGAAAAAUUUUGGGAAUUGGCAAAACAAGUCAGUGAAUUUAUGACAUGGAAGCAAGUGGAGUGUCCUUUUGAAAGGGAUCGGAAGAUUCUGCAGUAUCUGCUCACUGUCCCAGUCUUCAGUGAUGACGCACUUUACUUGGCUUCCUAUGAGAGUGAAAGUCCUGAGAAUCACAUUGAAAAGGACAGAUGGAAGGCACUGAGGUCAGCGCUUCUGGGCAGAGUCUAGUGCACAAGACAACUGCUGUUUCUGCUGUUGCUUUUUUAUGUGGAUUACUAAGGGGCAUGGCUUGGUUUAUUUUUCUGUACACCGAGUGACAUUCAAAAUGAUGAAAAAUGUGCAGUCAGUUGUGAUAUUGUGUCAACAAAGAUGAAACAAGUUAAUUCAAGAACAAACAGGCAGCUUCUCACAUCUGACAGAUGAGAUAAAAUCACAGCCCACUCAGCUGUGAUUCAGGCUUAAGUAUUGAUUGAGUACAGCACUGACAGAAUCCUUUGAAGAGCUCAGAUGCUGCCUAUGAAUCAUUUCACACCUGAAUGGAAUAUUUUUCCCCUUCCUUUUGCUGUAUCUUGCUGCUACAAGGACCUUGUAGAGUUGGUAGUAGAUUACAGAUGGGAAAAAAAAUCACCAUUCCUUUCAGUGAAACCCAAGUCUGCAAUGAAGAACUUCCUAUUCCUAAUAAGCUGAAUAUAGCCAGGAACUUUGCCUGAUUGGGAUUGCUAAAAAGGGAAAGGACUGGACACAACAAAUUGGCUGCUGGGGAGAGUUUCUCCUCACCACUGUAAUGGUGGCUGUGAUUUGUUUUCUUUUUCCAUUAUGUUUCUGAGUUGGCUGCUGGUAAGCAAACUCAUUAUUUUUCUGAGUUAUUUAAAAUAUAUAAAGUAAUAAAAAUCAAGGCUGUGGUAGAAGACACACCUGCUAUGGAAGUAUAGUAGCUAUGUUGCUUGGACUAUUUUACAACUUCUAGGGUGGUUUUUUCUUUCUGUCUUUCAGUUGUUUACAACUAACCACUACAUGCUACAGACACCCUUGUUUUUACUAGAUGGUUUUUUUAUUCUCAUUUUCUGUACUUGAUCUUCUUCUUAUAUUAGGUUGAACAAGCUGACUUUUCUAGAAUAGUCUUUGAGAAACUGGUGUACAAACUGUGUUGAAAUAUGAAAGUAUAUUUUUAUCAAGUCAUUUUUAUAAUUGCUUUUUUUUGAAAGGAUAAUAAUGGAGAACACAGUCCCCUUUGACUAAAAUAGCAAGAUGCCAAAAGAAAAAGAUGAGGCUUCUUCCCAACUACAGCUGUGAACAAAAGUCUCCCUGUGUGUUUGCUUUAUGAAUUAUGUUCAUGACUGUGAAGUAGUUCACUGUGUCACACACCUAAAAAGUUUGUAGUAGCUCUGAAUACUUAGUCACUCUAUUUAUCCUAGGAAGAACCUGACAGAAGAAAUAAGGAUAAAUAUAUCUAUUCAUUGUACUGCAUCUCCUGAGUUUUCAGGCAAGCUGUUUUUUAUGUUCUGUCCCUGCAUUUUCAGGCAAGUAUUUAGUUUUUGAAUUCUCUAAGAACAUGCUGAAGUAACAUUCACCAAUGGGGAUGCUCUUCCUAACUAAAUCCUGUUUCCUGGUACAAGGUGCUGGAAAUCAGUUACAUAUUCCAUGAGCACUAGCACCAGGGCCAGAGAAGUGGUAGAGGAUUCCUCUCCUCUCCCAUUCCCUGAGUCAGGGCGAAGGAGGAAGAGGCUAACCCUUUGAAAGGAGGAGACUGCUUCUGCAGUUCACAGACUUACCUCCCAGCUUUCAUCAGGUGAGGUCUUUCCCAUCUUCCCCUCUACAUCCUUCCCCCAUUGUUGAGGCUUGUAGGCAGGACUUAGUUUAUGUGAGAAGCUGGGGGAAAUUGUGUAUUUCUCUUCCACAUCUUCUGGAAGUAGAAUGAUAUGGUAAUGAGGUACAUAAAUGAGCUUUCAUGAUGCAAUAUUUGCUAUCCCCAUUAACCUGCUUUUUUACAUUUUUGGUUCUAGGGAAAGCCAGAGGGUUGAACAAUGAGUUAGCUUACCUGUAAAAAUAACUUCUGUCCUUCCCUCCACCACUGUAAUACAAUUUGACUGCUAGCCUGGUUUAGAAAUGGAUUUGUUAUUUAUACAGUUGGAAUGAAGCCUUUGUAAAUAAAAGGAGAAACAGCAUUACACAGCCUCUUUCCAGAGUGCAGGCUCUGCCUGUUGUCUUGUGGGCCAGCUUUUUGCCGAGAAGGCAGCACAUGCCAGAGUGAUUGCUGUGGAGGAGGCAGCUGCUGUCUUGGCACAGAAGCUGGGUGGUGGGUGCAGAAGCCUGUGACUGGUGCUUGAAAGGGGAAUGCAAAUUCCCUAGCCGCAGGCAAGCCAGAGUCUGCUGUGGUCAUUAAUGAACUCAGUGUUUGAUGUUAGAACAACACGAGUCUUGUCAUGCACUAUACCCUCUGCUCCAUCAUUCAGUGCAGCCAGUGUGCCAAGCUUUAAUUUUGAAACUCCUGAGCUACUGUCAGACUGUUGAACUGGUGGCUUGGAAACAGCCGUUCACACCUGCCUGUGGCACAUGAGAGAGAAAAUGACUGACUCUUCUAUGGCUAACCAUCUCCUAAAGGAAGCAUCACAGGGACCUUUCUGAAAUGUGGAGUUACAAGAAUUUACUAACUCUUCAAGUUGAGUGUUCAGCCAGGACGGAUAAUCACAGCUCAGUGCUGACAGAUGUUCGGUGAACAGAUACUCAGGUGUGGACAGAAGGAACACUGAAGUCUCCUAUGUAAAUGGCUCAAACAUUACUUAUUUCUUUGUGGUGUAGAGACAAAAACUGUGGGUUGUAUGAACCAACUUGUUCAAAAGAGUCCAGAUAUCUGGCUAAGCCCACAAGAACAAUACCUAUACUUAUCCAAAUAUUUCCUUUUUCUCCUACUUGGAUACAGCGUCAUGGCAUCACCAUGAAAAGGGUAGUCUGUUGCAUGCAAUAAUGUGCAAAAGCCUAUUGAUAACUAUCAUCUCUAAAAGAGAAAGCAAGGACCUAUACCUCCAUGUGGUUUUUGGUGUGUUGUUUUUUUUUUUUUUUUCCCAGUCUUCCCAGACAUCCUGUUCUUGACAGAGCUGAAACUGGUACUUAAUCUAGCACUAAAAAGAACUUUUUUUUUGAAAAUAAGAUGUAAUUCAUUUUCCAAGACUUCUGGGUUAUUUUCGCUGUCACUUUGGGUGGCUUUCCUUACACUAGUUGUGUGCAGCAGGACUCCUUGUGGGCUUCUUGCAGUAUUUCUGCUGGAAAAGAACAAUCUCUUGGUAGUGGACCGGUGUCUGCUUUUUCUCUCAGCUCCUCUCUGCCUGCCCUUGGUCACGCUGAGCAGAUUUUCCCCACAUCAAAGGAGAGGCUAAUCCCUAGGGAUGCAUUCCCUCGCCACUGCAUCUGUCCUGCUGCUGUCAGUCGGAUCCAGAUAGCCUGCUUCUACCAAGCAACUGUAUCCUAACUUGUGCUUUAUAGUCACGGGGUCCUGUGUCAUCAUUUUUUUUUAGCUUGAGAACACUGCUGGUAAGGAUUUUCAAGGGAACUAGUCUAUUUACACGGUUACUGUUGUUAGGCAUCUGUUAAACUGACACUUCACGCUGGCACUUCAUAACCAAAAUUGAUAAAGUUCAGUGAGUUUAGAAGCAAGAGUUUAGUGCCAGAAAGUGUGUCUUUAGAUACCAACAGACACAUUGCCAUUAUUCCACUGUGCUGCAUUAAGCUCUUCCAGAACAUGUUUUUUUCUUUCUCCUUUAUUAGAAAAUUUUAGCUAUAGUAUGACCCAAAAAGAUGUCUCAUGGCUUACCGAGUAAAUACAGUCCUUCUCUCAGGGACAUUACUUUUCAGGAAGAAAAAUGUAAAAGAUAAUGUGAAUAAAGCAGCUGUUUUUCAUCAAUUAUUUAUGUAGCCAAAGCAAUCUGAGUGUCAAUGACACAAUGAGGCAGAAUUUUCUGCUCUCUGUUAGUGCUUUUCUCUCCUGCCCUGUGAAGUCCAGAGGUUGGAAAAGGAAGUGCUUCUUAAGUGGGCUUCUUGCUGCAGUGGAAAGCAACACCUGGAGCCAGUGCACUGGCAACAAAUAAAUCAAAGCAUCUGUCUUGGUGUUACAGCACGAUCCUCUGUAAGCCCUGAAUUUUGGUCUAGUGGUCAGAAGAUUAAAUCACUUUCCUUAGAAAGAACCAUAAACCAGUCCAGGGAGCUCUAAUAAACACUAGUGGGGGGAAAAAAAAAAAAAAAA